GGAGGAAACAAGAUGAACUAAAAGUAAAGGAUCAAGACUUAUUACAGCAUACAGAAGUUAUUUCUUAUAUUAUACUUGAAGAAGCUGAAUAUAAACUAAGAGAUAUUAUCAGUAGCAAAGAGAAGGAAAUAAAAGAAUUGAAACAAGAACAGUCAAUGAUUACAGUACCUGAGGAAGUAUUGCUUGAUAAAGAAUUGAGUGAAUUCAACUCUCAGUUUAAUGAAAUAAAAGGAAGGAAUAAAGAAUUGUCAGACAAAUUAUCAAAAAUGAAGAUUGGUUAUUUGAGAUCACUUUCUAGUAAUACUGAUUCAGCUGCUGGUAAAGUGAGAAGAGGAAUGGCUUUUGAAAUUGAUGACUGCAAGUUUCAUCUUGAAGCAAUGACAAGACCAGACUAUCAGCCAUUGGUAGAUGAUAAAAGAAUAAUAGAGAAAUUACAAGAAAGAAUAACAAUAACAAAUAUGGAGCUAAUUAUUAAAAGAGAACACAAUGAGAAGAUUAUAAAAGACAUUAAAGACAAUGUAGAGAAGAAGGAGAGACAAAUGUGUAAAUUUAAGUUAUUUUGUGUUCAUCCUGUUACCGGGAAAAUGAUUGAGUCAAGAUUUAAAGUACACCAGGAUAUUAAACUACCCCAAGCACUGGCUGAAGCUUAUAAGAUAAUGAAACUAGCUCCUCAUAUUCCUAUUGAGAGAUGUCGUUUGGUUAAAUAUGAUGAUUAUGCUGAAGCAAUGGAUCAAUCCUUUGAUCUUGAUGAGUUUCAAGAUCACUUUUUUGGACAGCUUGUGGGUGGCGCUAGAAGUUAUUAUUCAUUUGAAAUGUUUUUAGAAACUCGUAAAGAAAACGAAACCUUCAAGAAAUACAAUAAAGGAGGCAUGAAACUGAUGAUAGCUGUGAUUGAUCUGUCAACUGGUGAUGUAGCACCAGCUGAACCAAUAAGAGCAGAACAAGGUUGGACUGUUGGAGAAUUAAAGCAAUAUAUAGGAGAAAUAUUUAAUCUUGAUCCUUCAUGUAUGAGGCUGAUCCUUGAGGUGUAUAAGGAUGGUAGACAUUUACCAAAUGAUGCUAGUUCACUAAAAGGAGAAGGACUCUACAGGAAACACACAUUAUUUGUUGCCUCUGAUUCUGAAGAUUAUGAUAGACAGUACAAAGAGAGCUUCAUGUACAAACAUGUUGAUGCUCACAUCAAUUCAGUACUACUAUACAUCACACUACCUCCUUUCCAAGAACAUACACCAGGAAGAGGAGAGGAGGAAGAAAAGGAGGAUGUGAAGAGUAAACCUUCAAGCAGUGUGGAAGGAAGGAAAGGAGGAGGGGGAGGGGUUUUAAAGGUAGUGUCCUUUUCAAGGAAUGAAGAAGAGAAAGGAAAGAAAAGAGAUAUACAGAUAAGAGUUGAUCAGAGAACCACAUUAGCUCAAUUGAAGGAGGAGCUAGUUCCACUGAUUGGUGUACCACCUACUGGCUUUAAAGUGUAUAGGGUGUACAAUAACCAGCAAGAAUAUGAAAUGGAGAGAUUAACUGACUCAUUAAUGGCAAUACCUUCCGAAUCAAGAUUUGUAGUAAGACUGGGUAGGGCAUUACAAGUAGGAGAGUGCAGAAUUAAAUUAUUUUUAUUGCACAUUGACAAUACAGAGUUCUUUAAUCUGAUGAUGGAGUCUGUUGUUGCUAAGAAUACACCAGUGAGAGAAUUUAAAAAACAAAUUAUUGAAGAAGCAAAAGUACAAGGAAUUGACUGUGUCCUUGAAUUAGACAAAAUGAGAUUACGUAAGAAGACUUGGAGGUCUCCUGGUACAGUGUAUCUUGAUCAUCAGUUGAUUGAUAAAGAUAUUCAUGUAUAUGCUGGUAGUGAAAUGUAUGUGGAACCAUUGAAAGAACCUGAAAAGAUGAAGCUCCCAACACAGAUGCAGGUGUAUGUUAGAAGAUGGCGUCCAUCAGAAUGUUCAGUUGAUCCAACAGAAGAAGUUAUACUGGACACAGCUAGUCCCUUAGACCUUAAAAAGAAGCUUUCAGAGUUAAGUGAAGUUCCUGUUGAUGCUAUUUCUGUUGCAAAGGGCUUGGGAUCAUUUCCAGCUGAGAUAUCAUGUCUUGAUAUUGAGAAUGAGUUGGAAUGGGAUCCAGCCAUUCAGUCAAUCAGUCAAACACCAUUUUCAUUGUAUGAUGAUGGAGGUGUCAUUUAUUACAAAGACAAUAGAGAAAAAAUGAAAGAGAUCACAGCUAAAGAGAGAGCAGAAAUAGAAAAGACAGAAAACAAAAGGAUCAAUAGUGUUAGAGUAUAUGGUACUGGGUCAUCAUCAUCAAGUGGUAGUAAGAUCUAGACUAACAAUGACCCUCUAAUAGCUUAUUAUUAUUAUUAUUAUUAUUAUCAUUAUUAUUAUUAUCAUUAUUAUUAUUAUUAUUAUUAUUAUUAUUAUUAUUAUUAUUAUCAUUAUUAUUGUGUUGAUGUACAUCCUUUGACUCCCUUUCUUUUCCAGUGGAUGAUAAUACAUUCAUGAUAA